AUGUCUUCGCCAACACAAAAUUUAUCAAUAGAAUAUCCAUUAUAUAUUUCAGAUUUAUCAGAUACAGAAAUUAAAGAGGGAGCUUCUCCGGACUUUUAUUCCGCCAAAACAUCUAUAGCAAGUACACCUACCACUGAUUAUUUUCCUGAUAAUGAAGAAUUGUACGAUAAUCAACCAAGUGAUCUCCCAGAAAUUCCAAUAACUUACAAUAGAGGUCGACGAACUUCAGUUAGCGCAGAAUCAAUUGCUCCAAGUCAGAAUAAUGAGUAUGUAAAAAUUGUCAUUCCAAAGACUGAACAACAACGACAAAGGAUUGAAACAUCAAUCUCUAGCAAUUUUCUAUUUAAAAAUCUUGAUGAGGAACAAUGCAAAGAUGUGAUCGAUGCCAUGGCAGAAAUAAGUGUAAAUAAAAACGAAGAGAUCAUCAAACAAGGAGGGAUUGGUGAUUUUUUUUAUGUCGUGGAAACUGGUAGCUUUGAUGUUUAUGUUUCAAAAAAUGGAGCACCGGCAGAAAAGGUGAUGGAUUAUGGACCAGGUGGAAGUUUUGGAGAGUUGGCUUUAAUGUAUAAUGUGCCUCGUGCAGCUACCGUUGUAGCAACAUCGGAUUCAGUUCUUUGGGCACUUGAUAGAGUGACGUUUCAUAGAAUUUUGAUGGAGAAUACAUCUCGUAAGCGACAAAUGUAUGAAUCAUUUCUUGAAGAAGUACCACUUUUUAAAUCACUGGAACCCUACGAGAGACACAAGAUCGCUGACGCAUUGGAAUCCAUGGAUUACGAAGAUGGUGAAUUGAUAAUUAAGCAGGGAGAUAUUGGCGAGGAUUUUUAUUUGAUAGAAUCUGGAGAAGCUACGGUAACAAAAGUUGAUGAAAAUGGCGUCGAACAUGAAUUCCUUGGGUUAAAAAAAGGAGAUUAUUUUGGAGCGAGUAUUUCAGCAAAAGGUAGAUUAAAAGUAGCCACUUUGGGUAAAAAAGCAUUUGUUAGAUUGUUAGGGCCAGUUGUUGAUAUAUUGAAAAGAAAUAGUGACAAUUACGAAACUGUCACUCGUAACGUUACUAUUCAGCAAUAA